GAAAUUUAUUUAUGAAACGUGUCGUUGUGCUAUAAGCCAAGCAGAAGUGUGACGCAAUAAACCACUGCAAACUGCUUUACAAAAAUGAUGUCAUUUGGUGCAGAUCUAGUCACUUUUAUAACAGGUAGCUAUUGCAAAGCUCUCUCCACGUUGUCCCGGUUCCCCCGCCCCCACCGUGUGCAAGAUGCAAAAAAAAAAACACUCCCAGCUUUCUAACCCUCAACUUGUCCAAGGUGGGCGCACCGCAGUGGCUGGUGGCCCUCCGCUUGCGCAGCCGGAGAAGGACCGCUGCGAGGGGAGGAGCUAACAGCCCAGUGUUCCCAGACCCGACGGCGGCGCUGUGGGGGAAGCAGCGUCGGACCGGGUCCUCAGCCAUUGCGCCGGGUCGCCUCUUUUCCUCGGUGGGGCCGAGCUGGGGUGGCGCGCAAGUGGCUAGGACGCAGGGCGCAGUGGGCGCAGGACAAUCCUCCCCCCACCCGGUUCCCACACCAGCUCCCGCUCCCGUGGCGCCGGAAGUGACGCUCAUUGGGCUGAAAGAUGGCGGCGUUGGCGCCCGACCAGGGAGAAGGACUGGUUUCUGAGGGGGCUGCAGUCGCGCAGACUCGUCCCCCGCUGGAGCGCCCCGGCCGGCUCCGGGAGCGGCCCCUUGUAGACGUUCGAGGAGCCUACCGAGUGCCGUCCCGGCGCCCGAGCGCCCACCGAUCGUCCCGCCGGCCCGCUUCUUCCUCAUGCAGACUGCCGUCCACUAGAGGCUGGACAGGACCCCCGAGGUUAUUCAUGGCGGGGGACGUGGAAGGAUUCUGUUCCUCCAUCCAUGACACCAGUGUCUCUGCCGGGUUCAGAGCACUGUAUGAGGAAGGAUUGCUUCUCGAUGUCACUCUGGUUAUUGAAGAUCAUCAGUUCCAGGCCCAUAAAGCACUCUUGGCCACCCAGAGUGAUUACUUCAGAAUUAUGUUUACUGCAGACAUGAGGGAACGAGAUCAGAACAAAAUUCAUUUAAAAGGUCUAACUGCUACUGGUUUCAGCCACGUCCUUCAAUUUAUGUACUAUGGAACUAUAGAACUGAGUAUGAAUACUGUUCAUGAGAUUCUUCAGGCUGCCAUGUAUGUUCAACUUAUAGAAGUGGUGAAGUUCUGCUGCUCUUUUCUGUUAGCGAAAAUCUGCUUAGAAAACUGUGCAGAAAUUAUGAGACUCUUAGAUGAUUUCGGUGUAAACAUCGAGGGAGUCAGGGAGAAGUUGGACGCCUUUCUGCUAGACAACUUUGUGCCACUCAUGUCCAGGCCUGACUUCCUGUCCUAUCUGAGCUUUGAGAAGCUCAUGUCUUAUUUGGAUAAUGAUCAUCUGAGCAGGUUCCCAGAGAUAGAGCUGUACGAGGCUGUGCAGUCUUGGCUGCGGCAUGAUAGAAGACGCUGGAGACAUACCGAUACCAUCAUUCAGAACAUCAGGUUUUGUUUGAUGACCCCAUCCAGUGUUUUUGAGAAGGUUAAGACAUCAGAAUUUUACAGAUACUCUCGACAGCUGCGUUAUGAAGUUGACCAAGCACUGCAUUACUUUCAAAAUAUUCACCAACAGCCUCUGUUGGAUAUGAAAUCAAGCCGCAUCCGUUCUGCCAAACCCCAAACUACAGUAUUCCGAGGAAUGAUUGGACAUAGCAUGGUUAACAGUAAAAUACUUCUCUUAAAGAAACCAAGAAUCUGGUGGGAGCUGGAGGGACCACAAGUUCCUCUACGGCCCGACUGUCUGGCUAUAGUCAAUAACUUUGUGUUCCUGUUAGGCGGAGAAGAAUUAGGCCCAGAUGGUGAAUUCCAUGCUUCUUCCAAAGUGUUCAGGUAUGACCCAAGACAUAACUCGUGGCUGCGGAUGGCAGACAUGUCCGUGCCACGUUCAGAAUUUGCAGUCGGUGUUAUUGGGAAGUUUAUUUACGCUGUAGCAGGCAGAACCAGAGAUGAGACUUUCUAUUCAACUGAGAGAUAUGACAUCACCAAUGAUAGAUGGGAAUUCGUGGAUCCUUAUCCAGUUAACAAAUAUGGACAUGAAGGGACAGUGCUCAAUAACAAGUUGUUUAUCACUGGUGGAAUCACCUCAUCUUCCACCUCCAAACAAGUGUGCGUUUUUGACCCCAGUAAAGAAGGGACCAUCGAGCAACGGACCAGGAGAACACAAGUAGUCACCAACUGUUGGGAGAAUAAGAGCAAGAUGAAUUAUGCAAGAUGCUUUCACAAGAUGAUUUCUUACAACGGCAAGCUUUACGUCUUUGGUGGUGUCUGUGUGAUCUUGAGGGCCUCUUUUGAAUCUCAGGGAUGCCCUUCCACAGAAGUGUACAACCCAGAGACUGAUCAGUGGACUAUCUUGGCAUCCAUGCCGAUUGGUAGAAGUGGCCAUGGUGUGACCGUGCUGGACAGACAAAUAAUGGUUCUUGGAGGCCUUUGUUAUAACGGUCAUUACAGCGAUUCCAUUCUCACUUUUGAUCCGGAUGAAAACAAAUGGAAGGAAGAUGAGUACCCUCGGAUGCCCUGCAAGCUGGAUGGUUUACAAGUAUGCAACCUGCAUUUUCCGGACUAUGUACUAGAUGAGGUCAGACGUUGCAACUAAUGACAUCAUCUUUCUCCCGUAAAAAAAAAAAAGGCAAACAAAGUGUUUGUUUGUGGUAAAGUAGUUAAUUAAAAAACAUAAAGAAAAACCUCAUCAGUUUUACUAUCAAAGCCAUUGGUCAAAUAUCGUAAAAAUUUGUCAUUCUGUGCUAGCAUCCUUUUUUUUUUCUUUUCAGUGGCCUCAAAUUCAUGCAAUAAGUUUAAUUCUAACUGCUAGCAGCUACUUCCAGAAGCAAUUUAAUAGAAUGCUUCACUUAUCUGGGAAAUUGAUUUUCUGCUUUAAACAUUUCUUCCUAAUGUUAGUGUAGGAGUCAUGCAUCUUCUAAGAGAAGACCCGAUAAGUGUCACUGGAUGUGAUUUCUGUCCCUAUCUCUAUCUGAAACCUUUUUGAGCAUUUAUUUUAGUGUAUUUCAGUCUGUUAUACUUUUUGGUUUUAUUAUUUAAAAGUUUAAAACUCUUGACCUUUUUGCAUGGCUUUUUGCUGAAAAUGCAAAAAUAUAAAUUUUCUACAAAAUUAACUUUUUAUAUUCAAAACACUAUUUCUAAGCUGCCUUCUCUUAUCCGCAUUGUGUUAGUGAAAGCAUAUCCAUACAUGCAUACAUCCUAUAAAUAUAUAAGGCACAUCCCUUUUAUGCGUGGUUAGGAUUCUAUAUUUUUAAGCUAGUGCACUUGCACACACGGUUCGCCAUACUUGUUGAAUUUUAGAUGUAGUGUCUUUUCGUGUAUUAACAUUUUUAGAAAGUUAAAAUAACUGGAGUCCUCAUUUGUUAUCAGAGUAGCCUAUCUUCAGCCCAUACCGAUUCAGUAAUAUUUAAACUCCUUAUAUUCCUGAAACAUGUAUGGGCUUGUGAAAACUAACAUUUUAUAUUUUAUUUUCAAAAGUAAACAUGAGUGUUUCUUGUCGAUGUAUGUCUUUUCUUUUUGAAAAUGUCUUUCUUUGCAGUCUGUUUAACGUUGCCCUGUUUUUAGUGAGAAUCGGAGUGGUAUGUGACAAGCUCUGACCCUGCAGCGUGCAAGCACUUUUAAAGAGAAUUUUAGGUAAUACCAGACUCCUAAAUAAAGGCCCCUUAAAAGUAAGUGCAACUCCCAUUCUUUACAUUCAAUAAGGCUGCUGCAUCUGUUAUUGAAUGGAAGGUAGCAACUCUUAGAAAAUUUGAGCUCAGUUUUGACUUAGAGGUAAGAAAUAGAAUUAUAAUGUUACUGGUCAUAUCUGCUCGUUUAUUUCAUAUAAAAUACCCAGCGGCACUAGGGAUGUAAGCCCUCAGCUUUUGUUUUAUUUACUGAAAGCUACUAGCAUGAAGGAUAGUAACCACAAAGUUUGAAAUGGAUCAAGAAUAGCUGUUUAAAAGCUUUUAUAAUAAGUGUUUUAGGAUUAGCUGCACCUUUCAACUCUUAAAACGCAAAGGAAAAAAACAUACAGUUGACAGAGUUAAGCAAGAAUAACCUGGGAGUGGAUCAUUCAAAUUGAUGCCAUUUUCUCAUGAGUAGUCUAUAUCUGAUACAGACUAGAUCUACACUGGCAAAACUUGCCAGAUCUUAGGAUAUUGGUGCAAUAUUGCAAUGCCUUCUAUAUGGCUGCUGUUGUAUAAAUUUUCUAGUUUCACUUUUUUUUUUGCUGCUGCCACCAUUGAACAUAAAAUGGAAGCGUGAAGUCAUGGAAAUGUGAAGACUUUGUUUAUUUGGGUUUUUUUUUUUUUUUUUGGUAUUGUCAUCUAAUCUUAUUUGGGUUUUUAUGCAGUUCAAUUAGACAUAAUAUGAAAUAAAACCUGAUCUCAAAACUGGAGGCAUUUGAGUUUAAGAAACAGGUACACAAAUAGCUUUUGAGAAAGAAAAACAUUGGCAUUGGUUUCAGAAAUCAAGUUAAUAAUAAUAAUCUUUUGUAUACGAGACUUAAAUUUUCAUUAAAUGACCCUAUCAUUUAGUUUCUAAACAUGACAUUUGAUAUCUUAUUUCCCAUGAUAAUAUGAGUAAAAGUCAUUUUAUACAUUUAAAAAAAUAAGUUUUAAUUUUACUUUUGAAAACUAGGAAUUAAGUUAGCCAUUUAAUUUUUUUUCUAAUGCAUUAGUUCGUUUAGGGUUUCGUAUGUGUGCUGUCUUGCUUUAAACAAAUAACGUCUUCAUUAUUUUCCUUGUUGAUGGCUUUUGCUGGAAAAGACCGGGAAAAAGCUAUCAGACAGGGUACCCAUAUCAAAGGCUUUACACUCCAGUGGUGGUUCUCUUUAAUUGCUUAGAUAUGACUUCCUUCAUAGCCCUAGUUAGGGUAACAUGUGGGCAAACAUUUGAAUAUUCUUGGUCUUCCAUUUUAAAGACACAAGGCCAAGGUCAAAGUUCAUGUUUUGUAAAAUUCGUGAAAUCUUUAACUUGAACUAACUCGGCUCAGCUUCACGUAAGUCAUGUCUGACCUGAUGUUAGCUAUAAUCAGUUUUGAGCUUUAAGAAUAGUUGCUAUUGCUUGAGUUCUGAAUGUAUGAGAAAACUUCUGUUUAUAUGUAAUUCUAAUUUAGGUUAUUUUAAAUCCAUGAUUAACUUACAUUCCCUUUUAAAAUUAUGAUUUAAUUGCUGCAAGAGAUUUAUUUUUGUUAUACUAAACUAUGGAAAAUUUUUUCAUAGAAUUUUUUUCAAGUUUAUUUUUUGUGUGCUUCAUUGGGAACUGUUUUUGUUUAUAUACAUUGUAUGCGCUCAAAAUAGUAGUUUUUUAAAAAUCCAGUAAGAGAUUUGAAAUUAUACAGUGUAACUGUUAUGAGAUAUCUUUAUGUGUCUUAUUUUCACUUUACAUUUUAAAUGCCAGGCUUCAUAAAAAUGGCUGAACAUCAUUAAUUGCAUCUUAAUUAGGACCAUUUGUUCUCUUCCUUGUCUUUGACCUUCUAAAUUUUUUAUUUUAAAGAAAAUCCUUGCACUACAACCUUUUCAUGAAAUGCAAGCUUCUCACAUUGAAGGUUUUGUAUUGGAAGAAAUGCUACUGGUUUUUAAAAAGCAAAGCUUAAUUAAUAGAUUUAUUAGCUUUUCUUGAGACAGCUUUUCUCUGUGUCCUCAUUAUUCUGCUUUAUGUGUUACUAUAAUUUGUGAAAUACUGACUGAGCCCUUCACUUACCUUUUCUAAAGCAGCACCUUUGGACACCUCAUUCUGGGAAGCCUGCUCAAGUCAUAGUAAAGGACACACAUGUUUUUGUGGGGAGAAGUGGUAAAAAUGGAUUUUUGUCUUAAUUACAUGAAACUAAGCUUUAAAAUAUUUUAUAACAAAUUAUUUGAGCUGCAUAAUCUAAACAUGUCAAACGUUCAGUGGGACUAUUUUUCUAUAUGUAUAUGUGGGUGUAGGUCAUAACAUUUCAGUUUAUAAUAUAAAUUGUUAUUUCAGUUUAUAAGCUAUAUCUCAGAGGAGACUAGCUCUUUUGAGAAUACAUAAUUUAAAGUUUUAGACUGAAGUAAAACACAACAUACGUAAUAGUGUAAAUUAGCUAUAAUUGAGGGCUAUAUGGCAGUAAAACUGCUAGUGCCAGUUUUCUUGUUUGCCUAUUACACAUUUUUGAUUUUUGUUUUGUAUUCUGAACAUUUUUAGAGAUCAUAUGUUUGUUCAAUCGCAUUUAGAGUCGGUUUGGGAAUGAAUAUCUUCUAAAAAGAGAUUUAUCUUAAAAGUCCUGAAAAAUUAGUUUAUCAAGAGUUUAUAAAAUCAAAUAUUCAAUAGGCAUAGACUGGAAUAGAUGAAUUCAUGGAAACCAUACCCUUUUAGUAUACCCGUAUAACUUCAAUAUUAUACACAAGCAACACUGAGAGAAUGCCAUCAGCUUUGUUCCCUAUCAGUUUUCUUGGAUUUUCUUUUUACAUCUCUGGGAACAACUACAUUAAACAUUUUAUUAAUCAGUAUACCUGUCACGAUUAGGUGUUUGCUUUCGGAAGGAAUGUUCCAGUGAGGUGAUUGGAGAGGUUAUUUUCUACCUAACUUGUAUAUGUCCCAAACCUCUUGGGCAUACUUUGUCUAUGGAAAAAUAUUUUGACCUUUAGGUACAUUUUGGGCUGGUAGUCAAAUAAUCGUAGGGCUGAUGUAAAAGUCUUAGAAUAAUUUAAGGUUUGCCUUUUAUACCUGUUUUGAAAGCCUUUACAUUUUUGUCAGGUAAUUUUUCCCAAGCCGUGGAUAUAAUCUAUUCAAACAUGUUUAUGCUGUCCAUUCUGUUUUUAAAUUGAAAAAAAUGUUAAAAGUGUUUAUGAAGAAAAGUUUAAAUAAAAUAUUUUUAAUCUUUAAAAUUUA